AUGGUGAGUACUAGAUAAUGAGUCAAACGAAUGAUUUAAACUUUUUAUUAUUUCGAUAAAGAGCAAUUCCACUAAAAAACGGGCAACCAAUUAAAUAGACCAUUUUUGAUUUGGCUGAAACUUUGCAUAGAUGUUUCUGUGGGCAAAAGAUACCAUUCGGUGCUAUUAGUGUAAUUUUUUGGAACCUGACUCAUUUUGGAGAAGCUAUUUAAAUUGCUGUUUUGGGAACGUAUUGAUGAUUACAUAUAUUUUUAAAGCCUAAACGGCUUGUUUGAUCAGUGUGACGUCUUCGGCAAAGUUGUAGAUAAUAAUUUCGUCUUAACAAAAAGUAUUCAAAAGUAUUUUUGACGUAGAAUACGUCUUACGGCAACAAUUACAGGGACCCAAUUUCAAUACAGGGAUCCAAUUUCAAAACCGAAAACAUCGAGAGCGUCACAAAAAUUGUCCAAUUUCAAACGUUUUAAACCCAGUCAGUUUCCAACCGAUUUCUGUCAUUUUUGCAGCAAUCGAUUGGAAAAUCACUUAAGCACCCGUCCAAAUGCAGAAAACUGUAAUCCGAUUGUUCAAACUAUUGUAAUAUUGAAAAUUGUUGAACAAUGUCGAAAUGCAAAUGUCGAUUUUUGAUUGGUCGCUUGCUGCCUUUCCCUAAAUAGGACGACAGAAUGGAGUACCUAGUUAGCCGAGAAUGCACUCUUUGGGCUAUAUAAGAGACUGUUUCUCCUCAAGCAAAUCAAUCUAGGGACGAAUGACCGUUUGGGGUUAAAGUCCCUUCAAAAAAAAUCAAUCAAGCAAAUCAAUUUAAUAGCAGCAGGCAGCAGCAUCGGACAUCAACUCCGAUGGCAGUAGGCGAAGGCAGCGUGGAUCAGCAGCGGGCAACAGCGGCGGUGGUAUGCAUGUGCAUGUUUAUAGCGCGUGCGGCACCGCCACCACCACCGCCACUACCACCGCCACCAUCACCGCCACCACCACCGCCAACACCACCGCCACCACCACCGCCACCACCACCUAUAUAAGAGACUGUUUCUCCUCAAGCAAAACAGUUUACUAGCAGCAGGCAACAGCAGCGAACAUCAACACCGAUGGCAGUAGGCGAAGUCAGAUCAGAAGCGGGCAACAGCGGCGGUGGUAGUGGUUAGCUGCAGUCCUACCUCUUUCAGUUCGGCUCCCCUUCGAUCUGAGUUGGACCCCACCAGCGGUAAUCAGAUUUAGAUAUCGUUGGGCAAAUACAACCCGAAACUGAAAGGGACUCGCCUAAUAUAUAAGGUGUGUGGCUAGCGUGUGUGGCUUGCUUCAAAGCGUGUGUGUAUGUUUAUGGCGUGUAUGCAUGCCUGUAGCGCGUGUGUGCAUGUUUAUAGCGCGUGCGGAACCGCCACCACCACCGCCAUCGCCACCACCACCGCCAUCGCCACCACCGCCACCGCCGCCACCGCCGCCACCAUCACCACCACCACCACCACCACCUAUAUAAGAGACUGUUUCUCCUCAAACAAAACAGUUUACUAGCAGCAGGCAACAACAGUGAACAUCAACACCGAUGGCAGUAGGCGAAGUGGAUCAGAAGCGGGCCACAGCGGCGGUGGUAGUGGUUAGCUGCAGUCCUACCUUUUUCAGUUCGGCUCCCCUUCGAUCUGAGUUGGACCCCACCAGCGGUAAUCCGAUUCAGAUAUCGUUGGGCAAAAAACAACCCGAAACUGAAAGAGACUCGCACCGCCAGGUGAAUUGAGAAGCCACCAUCAUCCAGCUGGUAAUGAUAAAUGACGGAGAGCUGCAACUAAUACAGCCCGGGAACAACCACAUCCAUGUCAGAUCUCUGAAGAUUCGACACGAACGGAUCGUUAAUCGCAGAUAGUGAUCAGAGUUCGUGCAGGCAACAAACAUCAUGGAAGCGGCGGAAUGUUACAAACUAAGCGAUGGAGUAAAUGGACCGUUAUGGAUGUUUUGGAAACGUCGACGCUAUGUAGUGGUGUUUAUGGCAUUUUUGGGGUUUGCAAAUGUGUACACAUUACGAGUAAAUUUAAGUGUUGCCAUUGUGGCUAUGACCGAGCUUCGGGAAGUCGUGUAUGAAAAUGGAACCAUAGUACAGGAACAAACUUUCGAAUGGAGUUCCAGCUUACAGGGAUACAUUCUAAGUUCUUUCUUUUACGGUUAUGUAUUUACCCAAGUACUGGGAGGUUACUUGUCAAACAAACUAGGCGGUACAAAUGUUUUUGGGGUAGGCAUUGGUGGAACCGCGAUACUUACAUUACUGACUCCAAUGGCAGCCCAAUUGGGCGUUGGCUGGCUGAUAGCGAUUCGAGUUCUGGAAGGUUUCUUGGAAGGUGUAACGUUUCCUUGCAGUCAUGCUUUCUGGUCUCGAUGGGCACCACCUAGCGAACGAUCACGAAUGGCUUCGAUUGCCUGUACCGGUGCGUUCGCGGGAACUGUUUUAGUGCUUCCAAUAAGUGGUAUGCUCGUUAGCACCUGGGGAUGGGAAAGUGUCUUUUACUUCUUCGGCGUUGUCGCAUGCAUUUGGUAUGUGGCUUGGAUCGCAAUUGUUAGAAGGUCACCCGAAGACGAUAAAUACAUAACAGAACAGGAGAAGCAUUUUAUUGUACAGACACUUAAACGAGUUGAAGGAGAUUCCGAAGAAACACAUCAUCCAUGGAAGAAGAUGCUCACCUCGAAAGCAGUUAUUUCUAUGUCGAUUGCUAGCUUCACUGAAGAUUGGGGUUACUACACGCUGUUGACCGGCCUACCGACGUUCCUAAAAAGUGUUCUCGGUUUUGACCUGCAAGCAUCCGGUUUCAUUUCAGCUCUUCCUUAUCUGCUUAUGGGUAUUCUUCUGAGUUGCGCUGGUUAUGUAGCCGAUUGGCUUCAAAUUCGUGGAUAUCUUACAACUACACAGGUACGGAAGUAUUUUACCUGUGGAGGUUUUACGGUGCAAUUGAUCUGUAUGAUGAUCGGUGCUUGGAUCCUAAGACCUGCGCCUACCAUUGUCUGUAUAACGACAGCUGUAGGAUUUGGAGGAGUCGCUUGGAAUGGAUACUUGGUGAAUCCACUGGAUCUCUCCCCUAGAAGUGCCGGUGUUUUAAUGGGAAUCAGCAAUGGUUUUGCAACGAUUGCCGGAGUAAUAAGUCCGAUUGUAAACGGUUACAUAACGACCAACAAUGGUGAAGAUGAAUGGCGCUUGGUAUUUUACAUAACAGCCGGGAUUUACAUAAUUGGAACACUGAUUUAUUGGUUCUGGGGUUCAGGUGAACUUCAACCUUGGUCAGUUGAAGCGACAGAACAAAAAACAAACACGAAUAAUUAUACUAAGACUCAGUAACAGUGAAGAAUCGAUGUAAAUUUCGAUAUGGAACUAUUAACUGAUCGUUACAAAACUACAACGUAAAUUUGUGAGCAUUGGUAACCAAAAUACAUAAGAACACAUGUCCAAUCGAAUCAUAUAGUUCGAUUAUUAGCGUGGAGAAACACUUUUACCAACUAGCUGCAAGCUGGCGCAAUCAUCUUCCGGCUUGUUCAGCUUACAGAAGUCUUUGAAUUUUUGCUGCAGCUCACGGUUGGUCUGCAACAGCUGAUCUCUUUCCGCAGC